AUGUCUCACGCACCCAGAGGCGGAGGCGAUAGAGGCCGCGGUGGAUUCCGUGGCGAUCGUGGAGACCGGGGCGGUGGCCGUGGAAGUGGAAGAGGUGAAUUUAGGGGCCGAGGCCGAGGAGAUGGUAGGGGAGACUUUGGCGGUGGGCGAGGUGAGUUUGGAGGCCGUGGAGACUUUGGGGGCAGAGGAGGAGGAGGAGGAGGAGGAGGUGGUGGUUUUCGAGGAGAUAGAGGCGGAUUCCGGGGAGAUAGAGGCGGAUUUAGAGGUGACAGAGGUGGUGGGCGUGGUGGAAGGGGCCGCGGCGGUGGCCCACAGGAGAUUGAGGCAUUUGCAAACCCCAAGCCACAAGAUCCAAAGGUUGCGAAAAUUGAAAAUGCUUUGCAUCCACUUGGAAAAAAGACUCUCGACCUCAGCCGACUGAAUUUAUCCGAAGGCAACCCAACCCGUCCUGGUUAUGGUACUCUUGGUGCCAAGGUUGAGCUCACGGCCAACUAUGUCGAGCUGCUUCCGCCUUCAAAUCUUGUCUUGUAUCGUUACAACAUCGAUGUUGAUCCAGAGGUUGCCGGUAGAAAGCGCCACCGCGUUGUGCAGUUGCUGCUCGAGAGGCCAGAGCUGGAAGAAUACAAAGGUGCCAUUGCGACUGAUUUCCGCUCCACUAUCGUUUCCAAGACCAAAUUCAAGCAUGACGAAGACAUUGUGGAAGUCCAGUACCGUUCCGAAGGCGAAGACGAGCCGGCGCCGGGAGCUCAAGUCUACAAGAUCCGCAUCCUCUACACAAACACCUUGACUGUUAGCGAGCUGGUAAACUGGAUGAACUCGACCAAUAUUGGCCAGCCGCUUCAGGAUAAACAGGAACUGACACAGGCACUCAACAUCUUUCUCAACCACUUUGCCAAGUCUGCGCACAACCUUGCCACUAUUGGCACAUCCAAGAGCUUUUCCCUACACCAGAACGCAGCCCGAGGCGACCUGGGUGCCGGCUUGGAAGUGAUUCGUGGCUUCUUCUCGAGUGUCCGCAUUGCGACAUGCCGCGUCCUGGUCAACAUCAAUGUCAGCCAUGGAGCGUUCUACCACACCGGUCCUUUGCCAGCGCUCAUGCAAAACUACGGCGCUCGAAACACGACUGCUCUCGAGGCAUUUCUUAAACUCAUCAGAGUUCAAACCACACACUUGAAGGAGAAGCGAAACAAGGCAAACCAAGUCAUUCCUCGGAUCAAGACCAUCUUCGGGCUUGCCAGGAAGGAUGACGGACAUGGAAUGGUGCACCGACCUCGCAUCCAAAGACACGGGGCUGGAGCUAAAGAGGUGGAGUUUUGGCUUGACAGCGAAGGCAACCCCAGUCAACCCAAGGCUGCGCCUGGGAAAGCCAAGGGCAAGGGCAAGCCUCCACCACAGGGGCCCGCGCCUGCCGGCUCUGGCAAGUACAUCAGCGUGUUCGAUUUCUUCCGCACAACGUACAACCGCACCCUUCAACACCCUGAGCUUCCCGUCAUAAACUGUGGCAAUCGAGAGAACCCUAUGUACCUCCCCGCAGAAGUCUGUGUCGUGAUUCCGGGUCAGCCAGCCAAGGGGAAGCUAGAUGGACUUCAAACCCAGGAGAUGAUACGAUAUGCGGUUAGAAAACCUUGGGAGAAUGCGAGAUCCAUCGUUGAUGAAGGCAUCGCGACUAUUGGCCUGGAUGCAAAUACAAACAUACUUUUGCGUUCCUUUGGACUUUCUAUUACACCCGGACUGAUCAAAGUGCCUGGGCGUGUCUUGCCUGGACCAAGAGUCCUAUACAAAGGCAGCAAGACGGCCGAUCCACGAUUCGGCAGCUGGAACAUGAUUGACAUUAAUUUCAAUACGGGCGCUUCCCUCUCAAAAUGGAGGGCCGUGAUGAUUGGGCUUCCUGGCAGACGCGACGCUUUUGGGCAACAAGACCUAGCUGCCCUGAUGGAAGAGUUUCACUAUGGCCUCCGCAAGAUUGGUAUCAAUGCUGAUCCACCACUGCCGUCUGAAAGGCUGCAGUUGAAAGGUCCGGACGACCCGAAUCUCGACUCUUAUCUAAAGGAUACCGCUCGCAAAGUCCAAUUGCUGUUCGUCAUACUGCCCGAGGCCAACAUUCCACUGUACAAGCAGAUCAAGACGCUCGCCGAUAGGGACCACGGAUUGCACAACGUUUGUGCCGUUGGCUCGAAACUGGCCAAACCAAAAGGACGUGAUCAGUACAUUGCCAACGUCGCGUUGAAGUUCAAUCUGAAGCUCGGAGGUGUGAACCAAAAGGUGGAGAACAAGAAUCUCGGCAUCAUCGAACAGAACAAGACUAUGGUGGUUGGCAUCGACGUCACCCAUCCAGCGCCAGGCUCGGCUAGCAAUGCGCCGUCCGUGUCAGCAAUGGUUGCGUCAGUGGACAAUGUUCUCGGCCAGUGGCCUGCAACCCUUCGCAUCCAGAAGAGCAGACAGGAGAAUGUCGAUGAUCUUGCCGGGAUGCUCAAGUCGCGUCUUGAGCUGUGGAGAACAAAGGGCAGACACCAAGCAUUGCCGGAGAAUAUUCUCAUCUACCGCGAUGGAGUUUCAGAGGGUCAGUACGACAUGGUACUUGCAGAAGAGCUGCCACAGUUGCGAAAGGCAUGUCAAGAAAUGUACCCGGCGACCGACACCAAGAAGGGUCUCCCGCGCUUCACUGUUGUCAUCUGCGGCAAGCGCCACAAGACGCGCUUCUAUCCCACGAGUGUGCAGGACGCUGACCGCUCCGGCAAUACGAAACCUGGCACUGUCGUCGAUCGUGGUGUGACAGAAGCCCGCAAUUGGGACUUUUUUCUCCAGGCCCAUGCCGCGCUCCAAGGCACCGCUCGACCCUGCCACUACUACAUUGUCCACGAUGAGAUCUUCCGCCAGGUCUACGCCAAGCAGAUCCCCCCGCCCUUCCAGAACGUCGCCGAUAUCGUCGAAGACAUUACGCACAAUAUGUGCUACUUGUUUGGCCGCGCAACCAAGGCCGUCAGCCUGUGCCCGCCCGCGUACUAUGCCGAUCUCGCAUGCGACCGCGCCCGAUGCUAUCUCGCCACUCUGUUUGACACGCCCGCUCCAAGCGCAGUGCAGUCUGCGGCCGGUACGUCGGUGACUGGAGCUGGUGCUGGGAGUGUCGCUGCGCCUGAUCCUGGCGCGGUCCAGAUCCAUCCCAAUAUCAGGGAUUCGAUGUUCUAUAUCUAGGACCUCAUGUCAUUCAAUACUGAAGGAUGCUAUUUUCGUUUCUAUACAGGAAUAAACUGCUUGAUCCUUGCAAGACCCUUGGUGAGAGUGACCCAUAUCAUCUUUCCACGACGCCUUUACCAGAUAUUGUUCCUUCACUAGUCACUGGAUCCGGACGGCGCGCUUCGGGUCAUGUGAGUGUCCAGUAGCGAGCUUGGCACGCGUACAAGACCAGCGCGUUCUCCCGGCCUCUCCCUCCUCUCCAGUAGUUGUUUUGCCGCGAAGGAUGAGGGGUAUCACUUCUGAUUAUAUAUCGACAAGCUUGAACAGGCUCAUAUUACCUGUCAGGUACACCAAUAACCAGUAGUUGUUUUAACAAUAUGGCUGACCAUAAUGUUGAUUCGUACUACUCGCCUACACCAC